CAACUGUUUAUAUUUGAAUUUAAAUGAAUGAAUGAUGAGUCCAGUUUUAAAUCCAGCUGAAGACAAAGAAUCCCCGCCCCAAAAAAGUGUAUGUUGCCAGAGAAGAGCCCAAAAGUCCCUACAACACACUGGAAGAAACAGCUAAUCAAUGGAGCCAGUGCCGACCAUCCCACCGUAUUCCAUCCUGGAAGAGGAAAGGCAAUGCUCCCUGUCCAGAACAGUGGCCCCGACCUUGAACCCGACCCCAACUCUGACCCUGACUGUGACUCCGACUCCUGCCCCUACCUUUGCCCCGGCCUCUCCUCAGAACUCCUCUCUGGUUGCUGCAGGCACAGAUCUUCUCCAUAAGGUGGCAAACAUCCCCACUCAGUUUGAGCCGGCUCCCCAAACGGGCCAUACGAUCUUCAAGGAGCAGCUGUUCUGUUCUUACGAGGUCCACAAGCUGAACGUUGAUACCACCGCAAUACCAUUCUCACCGCCGGCUGCAGAGAUGCUCCGGGGGACUAUCGAUUACGUUCAAGGCAACCGACCAGUGGCGUACAGUCACUUCCCCGGCCUCACGAGCCCCUUCCAGGGCCCGGUGGGGAACCCACCAAUCAGAGAUUUUCCUCCUGCUGUUUGUCCCAAACCUUGGAACUGUCACCGUUUCGCAUCUCCCGGUGCCAUGGUUUUUGGCGGUUUGCCGCCGAUCCACUUUGAACCCAGGGCUCCCGGAGACUCCUGCAUGGUGAACAUGGGUUACCUGCCUCCCCCGCCUCUGUUUUGCUUCGGUUCGGGACCCUGCAUGGUGAUCAACAUGCCGGAGUUCUGUCACGGCGCAUGUUUACCUCCUCCCCAAAGGUUCUUUGUGCCUGAAGGUUAUCCCGGCUGGUGCAUGAGCCUCCCAUGGGAGGCAUACUACCAGACCUGCAGACCAGUUCUGGUUUAUAGCAGAAAAGACAACAUGGUGCUGAACGGUACUCAGACGUUGGAGGACAGGAGGAAGGAAAAAGACGAACACCAAGCUUUCCCGCCCGACAAGACCAAUGAACGAGGCCGCCGAGUUUCCCCGAGACCUCUGGCCGCUUUUCAGGACCGGCUGCAAAUGGAAUGGACCUGGGAGGACAGCAGGGACGUCCCCAACGCCGUCCGCCUCAAGAGAGAAGAAAAUGAGACUCUGGCGACAGAAAUCGGCUCCUUCAUGGAUCAUCAGGAUGAUCUGGGCAAUGACACCAACUCGAUCAGAAAUUUGGACAUGGAUGACAUGAACUGCCUCUGCACUUCAGACCUGAACACCUUUGACUUCACUCUGGAAGACCUGCAGUCGCUUAUGGAGGAGAGCUUAGACGAACCUUUAAAUGAGAAAAAUGCAGAGAAGACGACUCCACCGCAAACUGAAAUUGAAAGAAUAAUCCAGUACCUGCUGUCAGACGCUCCUAUCACAGAACACGAGAGGAAAUCAUACCAAAACAGGCCCGAUUUGCCAGCUGAGGAGGGACCCAAGAAGAACCUGCGCAGCUACUCUGCGUUCCAGCGGCCACCCGCAGAAGAACGACUAAGGUACCCGAACAUGUCCUUUCCUCUGGAGAGACAUUUUGAAGAUCUGACCUGUCACAGUUCGAGAGAAGUGAACGACGGCCACAGGAGGAGACGUGGCGAAAGAGAUUUGAAGGAACGCUUCCUAAGAACGGAGACGCACAGUCGAGAAGCGGCAAGAAAAAGAGGCAUUUUCAAUGACAGCAAAUCAAAUUUCUGCAAAUCGGACAUCAGACUGAGUCACAGGGCGAGGGACCGCACCAACGAACUAGACGGAGACGGUUACCCUUUCAGAGCCGGAGAGAGAGAAACGGCCGAUAAAUAUCUGGAACACAGAAAGUUCACGGACAAGUGGCAGGAGUCUAGAGUGCCACAAGGAAAACCUCUGGAUUUUGUCAGAAGGAUGGAAAUCAGGAGCGAAUGGUUAUCGAGCAAAGAAGAACCAAGAGACGAGGAGAGGGGAAGACUUCGAAGGCUGCGAGACAAAAACCUCAAAGCAAAAGAAACGACAGAUCGAAGCCAAAGACAACCAAAAGCUCCUCGUCAAAGAAGGCAGUGGCGGUGAACGAGUACGAAGGGUUGGGCAAACCUCUGCAACCUCGGAGCCUGAUGAAAGGAGCGAGAGCAAGAGAGACAAAGCGCAAAACAACUCAACCCGCUGAAGGAUCAAGAAGAACAAAGGCGGAGGUUUACGAGGCCUACUUUACACCCAAUCUGUCCACUAUGUCCAAAAGCAACACAAAGGCUGCAAAUGCAGCCAAAAGGCCAAAUGUAAGCCAAAGUGUCCCCCCAAAAGGACGAAGAGGUUUCCUUCUGUGAAAAUGACUGAUGGAAGUCCGGAGCCAGAUGGUUUUCUGUAUCCAGCAUUGAGUGAAGUGCAGAAGCGACAAUGCGGUGCGUUCCUGGGGGGCAAACCAAAAAAGCAGGAAGUUUCACAAAGGAGAGGAAAUGGGUUAAAAAUGAGCCGAAGCGAUCAAAGAAGAAGCAUAUGAGGAUGAGGAGGAAGAAGAAGAAUCAGAAGAAGAAGAACAACAACAAGAAGAAGCAGAGCUCACGAGUGCAGCGAAGAGAUGCCAGGAGAGAAGCAGUACCCCGAAAAAGAGGAAAGGGGGCGCCACAGAGACUCCGGAAACACUAUGUUCCAGUCCGGUGAAAAAGUGUCGGGACUCUGAGCAGAGAGGGCCCAAAAUCAGAAUAAAAAGGGAAAGAGGGACUUUAAGAGCAACCUGGCUACAUAUAGAGUGACAAAUACCCCCCCGCCACCCCCCAAAACAA